AUGGCCUUUGGGGCAGCUGUGAGCGCUUCUAUGCCCGCAUGGGAUGAUGUCGUUCAAUGGGCUAGUCGAACGCCGGCGCUUGUGAACAAGAUGAAAGGAGGCUAUCCACGAUUCUUUAUUCAUCAUGUCAUUCAAAACUUGAACUCGGAAGUACUCUCACGGCUUGAACUUGCCGGACCGGGCUGCAUGGUUUUUCCAUCGAGCGCAAUUGUAUCGCGGUGCCUUGAGACAUUAACGACGGACGCAUCGUCCCGAGAAAUAAGAGUGAUAUCAUUUAGCUUGCCGCGGUGCUUCAGUAAUGAGUUUACGCCAGAGGAAAUCAAAUGGGCGUCGUUCGAGGCCGUCAUCUACCCUUCUGACAUUCACUCUGAAUUCCUGGCAUUCUGGCGUGAAAGUGGCGAAGGGAUUUCGAGUCGCCACGCCGAGUACGUUCUCUCACUAUUGGAACAAAUGACCUACAUGGAAAAUGGCAAAGAUUCCCCUUCGCCUGCAUCGGUGUCAUUUUUACCGGAAGCAGUUAAGCUUAAGUGUGAUAAAAAGGCAAAGCGACAUAUUCGGUCACUCAUUGCAGAGCUCAUGACAACCGAAAAGGACACAUUUGUGAUGUCGCAUGAUGUGUUCCUUUUUCCUUCUGGGAUGAGCGCAAUCUAUGCAGUUUCCCGAGCUUUGAAAGCGACGAAUUUGAACAGAUCGCAAUCUGUUGUUGUUUAUGGAUUUCCAUACGCAGAAACAGUGAAAGGCAUUGAAAUGACCGGAUGGUCGCAUUUCAGAAUGCAUGGACAUGGAAGCAAGACAGAACUAGAUCAGCUCGAGGCUGAUCUGGUCAAAGGACACCGAAUUAGUGCCCUAUUUUGUGAAUUUCCUAGCAACCCCCAACUACGAUCUCCCGAUCUGCGACGCCUCAGGAUGUUAGCUGAUAGAUACAACUUUGCAAUUGCAUGUGACGAUACCAUCGGUUCAUGCAUCAAUGUCAAUGUUCUACCAUUUGCUGACAUCGUCAUGACGAGUUUGACCAAAUCUUUUAGUGGUGGCUCAGAUGUGAUGGGAGGAUGUGUCGUUGUGAACCCACAAUCACCUCAUUUCGAUACAAUCUACGACGCCCUCUUGUCGGAUUGGGAAGACAAUUAUUUUCCAGCUGAUGCCAUCACUCUCUCCAAGAACUGCACCGACGUCGUUUCUCGUGUCCAAAAGUCAAGUUUUAGCGCCGAAUCAAUCGCUAAUCUUCUCAACGAACAUCCUGCAGUUGAGCGGGUCAACUACCCUUCUUUGGUUGGGACCCGGGAUUUCUAUGAACAGGCGAAAAGGGAGGAUGGAGGCUAUGGCUUCCUUCUUAGCGUUAUUUUCCAUGAGCCCGCUGCUGCCAUUGGAUUUUACGAUAAUUUUCGUGUGGCCAAGGGGCCCAGUCUUGGGACUAAUUUUACCUUGGCUAUCCCCUAUGCCUUUUUGGCACAUUUCAGAGAGCUGGAAUGGGCAGCUAGCUAUGACGUUCCGAGCCAUAUUGUCAGGAUCAGCGUGGGGUUAGAAGAUACAGAUGAAUUGUUGAAGGUUGUCGGGCAAGCGUUGGGUUGCAUCCCCGCAGAAUUCACCUUGUCUCAGAGCAAGGUUUGA